AUGCUCUGUGAACGUGCUCUUGCUAUUUCUGCGGGUGGUGUAGGAGGCAGGGCAUACUCCGAAGCACAGCAAACUCCCCCGGACGGAGGAGCGGUCUGCAUCUGUGGAGUGAAUUUCUGCUGCGACUUCUCCGUAGUGAGCACUUACGCGGGGUUUCAUUCCUUAGAAUUCAGAGGAAAGUUGCUUCUGCGGCAACAAGAACGGCCGGAGGCGUGUAUCGAGUGUCACUGGAGCGUUUCAGAAGUUGGAGGUUGCAAAACUUUUGCAGAGAUUGGCGGUAAGAUCCGGCAAACGAUGUCGAGACGUUCACGUUCAUACAGCAACUCCGGCAGUGAAUCACCACCCCGUCGAAAUCGGAAGCGUUCGAGAGGGAGUAUGAGUCGGGAUCGUGACCGUGAUCGAGAUCGUUCGCCCUAUUCGCCUCCUCCUCGCGGUUAUCGUUCACCGAGGAAUGAUUAUUACUCGUCAGCCUCUACGUCGAAAUCAACCGCCUACCGUUCAUUGCUCGUCAGCAACAUCGACUCGAAAGUGUCGGACCCGGAAGUGAAGGAUACCUUGUACAAAGAAUUUCGACGAUUCGGCGAUUUGUCCGUGCGAGUGGUGAACGAACCCGACGAACGUGUGGCAUACUUGACGUACAAGCAUUCCGACGAUGCUCAUUAUGCCAAGCGAAACAAGCCGAAAAUCCACUUCUACGACAAGCAAAUCCACGUUCAAGCGUUGUACAAAUCGGAUUAUCAUCAUCGUUCACCAAGUCCUCGUAUGGGGUACGAUCGCUUCUCUCGCUAUUCUCCGCCGCUUCCUCUGCCGUAUGACCGGGACCUGAAUCCGUACAUGUACCCGCCUGUCGGAUACCCAUUAGAUCUACCUCCGUAUGACCCACUUCUACCGCCUCUUCCCCCCGGGGCUCUUCCGCCGCCACGGCUAGACGGCAGGUACGGACGCGGACGCUUCGGCGAUUUCGGAGGCGGUCGACGUGGUGCCAGGAGAGACCGAUUUCCGAACUACUUGCAUCACGUUUCGCCGGAAGACGAUCCGUUGGCUUGUCGGACGCUGUUUGCCGGUAAUUUGGAGGUCUCUAUUUCCGACGAUGAACUUCGAAGGAUUUUCGGACGCUACGGGAAACUGGAAGACAUCGACAUCAAACGCCCGCCUCCUGACACUGGAAAUGCUUAUGCCUUUGUUCGCUACGAAAAUCUCGAUAUGGCGCAUCAAGCCAAGAUCAGUUUAUCUGGUCAGUACAUUGGAAAGUUCAUGUGCAAAGUCGGCUACGGUAAGCCGGUGCCUACGGUGAAGGUGUGGGUCGGUGGACUUGGAACGUGGUGCAACUUGCCGCUUUUGGAACGCGAGUUUGACCGUUUUGGAGCCAUCAAGAAAAUAGAUUACGAACAAGACGCGCCUAGCGCCUUAAUCACGUAUGAUUCAAUCGACGCCGCGAAGGCAGCUGUGUCUGAAAUGCGCGGAUUUCCUCUCGGAGGGCCCGGGAAUAGAAUUCGGAUCGAUUUUGCACAUGUGGACGGGCAAAGCGAUCCUGGACGCCAUCCGAUCCCGAGAUCGCCCCGCGAGGAUUUCUACGAAACGAGAGGCGGUGGAGGAGGUGGUGGUGGUGGUGGUGGCGGUGGUCCACGUUAUGCCUUUGAUCCGUACGAUUCGCUUCGGAGGGACGACUACGAGGCGCCGCCGUUCCGCCCACGAAGUCCGAUGGACGCUGCUUUGCCGCGAGACUUCGACCCUGUUUCGCGACUGGAAGAUAUUCGCGUCGUGGCGGAGAUUGAGCACGUGACGCCGAUGUCUUGGGAAGGAGGGAUAAUCCUCAAGAACUCCAUCUUUCCGACGAAGCUGCAUUUCGUCCGCGGAGAUAAGUCAACUUCAAUGAUGCUGAGUGGAAUCAUGAAGAUUGCGCAGCGACUGCGACUGGAUCCGUCGAAACUGGACGACGUACAACGAAGGCUGUCGAUGAGUCCGGCGCAUGCGAUAUUCAUUGGAUUGCCGACGUCGAAUCCGGCGCCUCCGCCGCCACCCGAAGACGCGAGUGUGCAAGACCGUCCCCUGAAACACCUGGUGGCGUAUCUGAAGCAGAAAGAGGCGGCUGGUGUAAUUUCGUUACAGUCGAGCAAAGGCGUGACUACGGGAGUGGUGUACGCGUUCCCGCCGUGCAAAUUUUCUUUUGAGCUGCUGAGGUCGUCGUUGCCGAGUGUGAUCGAGGAUGAGACGAAGGAAGAUCACAUCGUUAUCGUCAUGGUCACUGGCCCCAUGUAA